AUGGGUCGACACAAACGCAUUCCAACCAAAAAUCGGAAGAAGUUGAAGUCCGUAGAUCCAUUCAAUAAGAAUGGAGCAUCGUUACGAGCCUUAGCGUUAAGCACUGUGAAUUGGGAGCCGAAUGAUGAAGACCAGCCGAUGUCGAGGUGCUUAAGAGAAUUACAGGAAAGCAAAAAGGAAACAAUUACCGACAAGAAGGAUGUGAAAAGGCGGAAACAACGGAAAAACAAAGUUCUCGCGGAGGCAGAAAAAGCGGGUAUUCGAAAGGGUCGCUUCGAGACAGUGGAGCAUUUCGUGAGACGUGUUGAGCGUAUGACUUUUGCAGCUGUGAAAGAACAUGAAACAUUGAUAAAGCAAGGUUUGGUUGGAAGAAAGGAAUCAGAAAUUGAAGCUGAUUUCAAACUGCUCGAAGAAAAAGAGAAGGCGCAAAGAGAACAGAAGAGGAAUGAAAUUCAGAACAAAAUCAAAGCUGCUCGUAAAAUACGAAAUCAAACAGCAAAAAUCAAAGAGGAAACACUGAAAACCAAAGAGAGAAUGAAAUCUAAGAGAAAUGCUGAGGAGAAAGCAGAAGAUGAAGCUGGUAUAGAAGAAAUGCAAGAAAACGACAAUGUGAUGGACGGGGCACAAUCGUGUAGUGCUACGAUUGAUGGUAGCAACUUACAGUCGACGACAAAGAGGAGAAAACUAUGUGGUUCCGAUUGGACUCGAAAGAUGAAGUUAGCCAGAACGCUACCUCGACAAGAAGUCGCGCUCAAUCAACGAGAGGUCAUACGAUUUGGUGAACGCUAUGAUGCGCCCCCCAUAUUCCAAGGAAUGAUGAAGAAAGAGAUGGAUCCACUUAUGGCUAAGGCUGGCAGCAGGAAUCUGUUGCUGUGUAGCCUUCUGCAGAAGCAAAACGUUAAGGAAACCAAGUAUCUAGAGGAAGAAAAAAGACGAGAACAGGAAGAGAUCGAUCGACAACGAGUGAUUGAAGCAUAUAGAGAACUGAAGCGAAAGAAAGGGCGUGCAGUGUCCUCAGAUUCUUAG